UUGACAACGGUCCGAACGUGUCGCCAUGUUGGAUUCGAACGAUGCCACAACAAACUUGACUUCAUCACGCAAGACGGCUUCUUUAAGAAGUACAGUAGGGUAAUCUUUAAGGCCCUGGUCAGGAUAGUGCAAUUUCCUCCAACGAGUUCUAUUUCUAUCUUCUUCAAUGUACGGGCUUGAAGAUGAAGGCAGUGAGAGUCAUCUGGAAGAUAGAUGUUGCUGUAUCUCAAAAAAGGAGGACGAACGCGAUACCAGUAAGAGUCUUGGUGAUCAAGACUUAAGGAAUGAUCUUGAGACAAGAUCCAAGGAGAUAGUUAUAAGCUGUCGAGGCAUCUCAAAGAGAAAAGGUGGUGCAUGCUCAUUGGAAGAAUCGAGCACAGAAAAGGAGGAUGCAAAAGCCGCAGCCGAAUCACCUGUUGUUGGAUCCACUGAAAAAGUUCAAGGUGACUUACAGGUGGUUCAAAGUCACGAGUCUAUCACGUGCCCGUCACGUGCCAGGAGGCGACAAGACAGCGAGUCGACGGCGAGUUCGUACCGGUUCAUGUGCAGGAUCUGUCACGGCGGGGAGGAUGAGGAAGAUGCGAUGAUCAGUCCCUGUCUGUGCUCCGGAUCUCUACAGUACUGCCACCAAGAGUGCCUGCUCAAAUGGCUCGGCUGGAAAAGUUCCUGGACGUGUGAAUUGUGUUCUCACAAUUUCAGCAUUGUAAACCACGGCCUAAAAAGACCAUCAAAGUGGAAAUGCGUCAAACUUGACGCGACCGAGAGAUGGUCGAUGGUAGUCCUCCUGCUAGCCCUGUCCGCCAUUAUUGGAUCCACGUACUUUCUAGUCUGGUCCUUCACCAAUCCCAUGUCAGAGCAGCAGAAAACGGCACCCGAAUUCCAAGUGUGUUACGCCCUGUACGUGAUCUUGAACCUGUUUUCCCUCGGGAUCGUGCUGUUCUACGUCCGGCCGAUCGCGGCGAUGGUCAACAGGUGGCGGGCCAUCAACCAGCGACUACAGGUUCAAGACUACGCAGGCCGUUUGAAGAAAAGGCGCCUUUCCGAGUGUUCAAGUAUCCUGGUCCUCCCGUCUGUAGCUGUGGUGACGUCUGAGGUUCUAACGUCUAUACAGCUCGUUCCCAUGGACAAUGUCGCGAGCCAAUCACAGGUGGGAAUCACCUUCUCGUAUAACUCCAUGCAGGAGGCCUACAUGCACCCAUACAAGAGCGACAUGGAGCGACUUUACAUAGAAUGA